AAGCGCUUGUGCGUCUCUGUUUUGGUUUCCAUUUUCAAGUUACAGAAGAUGCCGGGGCUGGACACGCGCUUCACCGUCUGACGGCGGUAUUUCCGGAUAAAUUCGACGUAACAUCCGACGGAGCACGGAAAUUACGUGGGGCUCUGACGUUUGUUGUGUUUUUUUUAGCCGUGUUGCUAAAACACAACUUGAGAAAAGUGCUGACCUCCAGCUGUCACUAUGGGUGAAAGAAAAGGAACCAACAAAUACUACCCUCCGGAUUUUGAUCCAGCCAAGCAUGGCUCCCUCAAUGGCUACCAUAAAACUCAUGCCCUGCGGGAGAGGGCGAGGAAACUGUCCCAGGGCAUCCUCAUUAUCAGAUUUGAAAUGCCCUACAACAUCUGGUGUGAUGGCUGCAAGAAUCACAUUGGCAUGGGCGUGCGUUACAAUGCCGAGAAGAAGAAAGUGGGAAAUUACUACACCACACCAAUCUAUAGGUUUAGGAUGAAGUGUCAUCUGUGUGUCAACUACAUCGAGAUGCAGACAGAUCCUGCGACUUGCGACUACGUGAUUGUGAGCGGAGCGCGCAGGAAGGAGGAGCGCUGGGACAUGGCUGAAAACGAACAGAUCCUCACCACAGAAAGGGAAGAGAAGGAAAAGCUGGAGACGGACGCCAUGUACAAACUGGAUCACGGCGGGAAAGACAAGGAGAAGCUCACAAAGGCUCUGCCUUCUCUGUCUGAAAUCCAGGACUAUCAGGCAGGCUGGAAGGAUGACUUUCAGCUCAACAGCUCCCUCCGCAGGAAGUUCAGAGUAGAGAAGAAAGUUCUGGCCGAACAGGAGGAAAAAGAUAACGCUGUAAAGAUGAGGGCAAACCUAUCCAUACCACUACUGCCAGAGAAAGAAGAGGACAAAAAAUUGGCAGGACUAUUAACUUACCAAACACCUGACUCUUAUGAGGACAAACGGCACAGCAAGCGGAAAGAGAUUGCCUCUCGUUCGUGGUUUAAUACCGCCUCCUCUCCAGCGGGAGGCGCUGCAGGCAGCCUGCUCCAUAAGCUAAGCCUGCAGGGGAAAGAAGCAGCUGUGGCCAAAGCCCUGGGUUCCUCCCAGAGCCCGUUAAUUCGCAGACGCUCCAACGGAUCUGGAGCUAAAAACGAACAGUGUGUCACCAGAACCCAGGGAACGUCUCAGCAGGGAGUCCAUACAUGUGAAGAAGAACCGCUAACACAGACAGAAGGACCUCAAAGUGUUAGGUCUCCUCUAGGACUAGAGAAAAAUCACACUAAUUCCAGUGAGCUGGUUGCCAAAAUUGCAAAGGAAACAGACCAAAGACUGAUUGAUACUGUGGACUGUGGGAAGGAGAAAGAAGAAAAUAAAAGUUCUGUAGGAAUCACGUCACUGGUUGCUGACUACAGCGACUCAGAUUCUGACUCUUGACUUCGAUGUCGCCUAAUAACCUAAAUGCUACUAUUUUUUGAUUGCAGAAAAAAUUAAAAUGCUUAUCAGAAUUGAGGCAAUCUGUUAUCGCAUGUUGCAAAAGCAAUACUAUUGUUUUGAGGUACAGAAUGCUCUGGAAUUAAACUUUAUAUAUAUUUUUUGUCAUCAGCUGGAUGCAUUUGUCAUCGCCUCAGAAUGGAUCUGUGAAUAUUUUACAUGCAUUAUCUGUCUGACAACCAUUAAAAUAUUGUUCUCUUUGGUUUCUCUUCUUGAA